CGGUGGGGGCGGCCAAUGGGAGGCGGCGGCGGGGCCGUUGGGCGGUUGGACAUGGCGGCGGCGGGAAGCGGCUCUGAGGAGGCUGCGGCGGGCGGCGAUGGCGGCUCACCCGUACCGGCCGCGCCGGGCCGCGCCCAGGUCUUCGCCACCGUGGUGGACACUUUCCUGGAGAAGCUGGUAGCAGCCGGGAGCUACCAGAGGUUUGCAAACUGCUACCGCUGCUUCUACAAACUACAGCCCGAGAUGACCAGGAGCAUUUACGAUCAGUUUAUAUCCCAGCUGCAGGCGUCCAUCAAGGAGGAGAUCCAGGAGGUAAAGGAUGAAGGGAAUCUGGAGGUGCUCUUUAAUUCACUGGAUAAGAUGGUGGAGGAGGCAAAGAACCAGGAAGAGCCUGCGUGGCGUCCCAGUGGGAUCCCAGAAGAGGACGUUCGCAGCGCUAUGGUGCCGUACCUCCUUAAGCACAGGUCGUACUUGCGGAAAGUGCUAAAGGAGAAGGAGGAAGAGAACAGGAAGGUAGCAGAGUCUGUGCUUACGGGGAGGAAUAGGAUUGCAGAACUGCAGCAGCUGAUACAAGCUCGCAAACAUGCCUGGCAGGCAAUUAGUAAAGAGCAACAAGAACUCAUCAUGACAUUCAAGGAGCCCCAGUGAGAACACCAGGAGAAUCUGCAUCUUUCGCUGGGGGAGUUUAUCCUCGUCUCAGAAGCGCUGACAACGUGGUGGGAAGCGGGACUCUGCGCGUGGCAUAUACAAAGCACGCAAACUCACGUUCAUCUUGUCAGGCCAGAAGAAACUUGCAGUGGGACUGAAAAGCUCCUAGACUUGCACAAUUCGAUCAAAGUUUGUGAAGAAAUAAACAAGAACACAUCAGGAUCUUUGGAAACAGGUGACGAUUUCCUAUUCCCUGCUCAGCUCAACAGGGAGGAGAAUCCUACAGAUCCGAUAGCCAGAGCAUGUCUGUACGGUUGCACACUUCUUUAGCACAGUGAUGGGUGUGAUUUGGGCUUACUAAAGCUAAAUUUGUGGCCUUGAAGGUAUUUCAGAUGUGUAUUAGAGAAAAAAUGGUGCUUGAUGCUGUGCACAGGAACGAGGAGCCAGGGAGCUGUAGCACACAGUACCGUGGCUUUUUGUACGGCUGGAGUGUAAAUAGCCACCUCGGACUCUUUCGCCACAUUUUUGCAGUGUCCAUUUUCAGUAUCCCUGUCUUUAAACAAUUGUCCACCCAUGUCCCAUCAGAACAGACAUGUCAGCAGCUGCUUUAUCACAUCAAAUUCCUCAUUGCCGUUUAUUCUGGGGAUGUGCUGUCCGUGUGUGUGGAGACGAGCGGAGGUUAGGAUGGCCCUGCCUUGGCUUUGUGGGCUCGUGGCAAAGGGAUUUAAUGUUUUCCUGUGAAACCUCCGUGUUGACUCCUGGAACCAAACUGGGUUUGGUUUUACCCAUCCGGUGGUGUUCUCUACCAUCUCAUCAGAAGUUUGCCGGCCAGGGAAGCAAGACUCGCUGGAGUCUGCCUGCCGAGGUGUUAGCAAAGCCCACAAGUGAGGUGUAUCUUCAAAAUGAAGGAAAGGUCCUUCCUCUGGGCUGGGCAGAUGAGGAGGAGAGUCUUAGCGAGCCUGACGAGGACCGAUUGUGAGUCCGUUUCUGACAGACACCAGACCUGCCGAGGGCCUAUGGUCAUCCUCACCUGUUGUGCAUGCCGUCCCAAGGAGCGGCCGUGCCCCGUGCGGUGGGGAAAUACUAAUUCUGAGAACAAUGGUGGCCAUUUCCACCCAGAGCAAGCCUCUGUUUUCAAUUAAAGGCAGCCAGAGCCUGCGAUUGACUGACUUAGGCAUAUUUUCCUUCUGUCGUAAACAAGACUUCCCUCGCUGCAUUAUAAUCUAAGUAAAUUGGAGCUGUUGUUCCCCCGGUCUUGGCUCCUGCUGUGUGCGCUUGGCCUGCAUACUCUAUAUUUUAUGGGUUUGUUUGACAAAGGCUCUGGCUUCAGCAUUUCUCUCCUCCUCCGCCCCAAAGCCUCCGGUUCCGCUUUUCAAGACAGGGUUGGAUUUAUAGGAUCUGAAAGUCUGGAGAGUGGUCAGGAUCCCAAAGAAGAAUGUCACCCCAGGCGGCCCUGGGAGCUCCCGCUGCUUGGCGCCCUCCUGGAGUUAACUAGGAGCAAACUCUGGAGGUGGGUGAGCACUCUGAGCACGGCUGGGGUCUUGCAGAGAGUAGGAAGUAAAAGGAUGGAGGAACAAGAGGUUCUCCUUCUCCAGCUGCUCCCCUUCACCUCUGCUCAGUGCCUGAACCACGCCAGCAGCACACUUUGUUCUUGCAAAGCCCUGUUUUGGGGUUUUAAGAGGUUCUGGACCUCGUUCUGAGGUCCUGUUUCUGGGAACAGGCACUGCCUGGGGCCCCAGCCCGGACAGGCAGCAUCUGCCCGUGGGAUGUGGCAUGGGAGAGCUGGGGAGACCAAGGGAAGGGGCACCUGCUCGCCCUCACCCCCUGGGUCGUGGCAGUCAGUCCCGGCAAGGGGCUGUGACAGCGAUGCCAUGGAAGGAGCACGUGCCAGUCCCCAAGGCAAAAAUUGGCCAACAAGCGUCCAUUGGCCCUGCGUGGAGAGGAGAACCCCACGGGUUUCAUAGAAUCAUAGAAUGGUUUGGGUUGGAAGGGACCUCAAAGAUCAUCUAGUUCCAACCCCCCUGCUGCGGGCAGGGACACCCUCCUACCAGUUUUGGCAGGAAACUCCUAACCAGUACAGGUGAGGGGUUGACCUGCUGGGAAGCAGCGCUGCGGAGAAGGACCUGGGAGUCCUGCUGCACACCAAGCUCUCCAUGACCAGCAGUGUGCCUGUGUGGCCAAGAAAGCCAAUGGUGUCCUGGGGCGCACUGAGAAGAGCGUGGCCAGCAGGUGGAGGGAGGUUCUCCUCUACUCUGCCCUGGUGAGGCCACAGCUGGAGUUCUGUGUCCAGUUCUGGGCUCUCCAGUUCAAGACAGACAGGGAACUACUGGGGAAGAGUCCAGCCGAGGGCUCUGAGGAUGAUGAGGGCACUGGAGCAUCUCUGGUAUGAGGAAAGGCUGAGAGAGCUGGGGCUGGUUAGUCUGGAGAAGAGAAGGCUGAGAGGGGAUCUGAUCAAUGCUGCUAAUUAUCUAAAGGGUGGGUGUCCAUGUGAUGGGGCCAGACUCUUCUCAGUGGUGCCCAGUGACAGGACAGGGGGCAAUGGGCACAGACUGGAACAUGGGAAGUUCCAUCUGAACACGAGGAAAAACUUCUUCCCUCUGAGGGUGACCGAGCACUGGGACAGGCUGCCCAGAGAGGUUGUGGAGUCUCCUUCUCUGGAGAGAUUCCAAACCCUCCUGGAUGUGAUCCUGUGCAACCUGCUCUGGGUGAUCCUGCUCUAGCACGGGGGUUGGAUCUCCAGAGGUCCCUUUCAACCCCGACCAGUCUGGGAUUCUGUGAUCCCAGUUAGGUGCUGGGGG